AUGAAUGCAAAGCUUGAAACGACCUACCAGGCCGCCUUCUUCGAGACCAAGGGCGCAAAACUCACUCUCAAGGAGGUACAGCUCCAAGAACCCGGUCCGGGCUAUAUCUUGGUAAAGGUCCUUGCUUGCGGCAUCUGCCACAGCGACCGUUUCGUGCAACUGGGCUUACUAGGAGACUUGUUUCCUCGCGUGCCGGGCCAUGAAGCAGUUGGAGACGUUGUCGCUGUAGGCGAGGGAGUUACUCGCUUCAAGGGAGGGGAACGCGUUGGAGCGGCCUGGCAUGGAGGCCACGACGGAUCAUGCCGUUCAUGCCAACGGGGAAUGUUUCAGCUUUGCAGCAACGGCGCAGUCAACGGCGUGACAAUUGACGGAGGUUUCGCCGAAUAUGUCCUGUUACGCGCCGAAGCAGCCGUUCGAGUGCCUCUAGACGCAGAUCCGGCCGAGAUUGCUCCUCUUCUAUGCGCCGGCGUCACCGUCUUCAAUGCCAUGAGAAACAUGGGCGUGAUGCAAGGCGGACUUGUUGCUGUCCAAGGCCUUGGAGGACUCGGACAUCUGGCGCUGCAGUACGCGGCCAAGAUGGGAUACACAGUCGUUGCUUUGAGUUCUUGCAGCGACAAAAAGGACUUUGCGACGCAACUGGGCGCUCACUAUUACAUCGACACGAGCGCCGAAGACGCAGUGACGGCCCUGCAGAAAUUCGGAGGCGCCAACAUGAUGGUUUGUACUGCUCCGAAUAGAGAGGCCGUCAGUCCACUUGUUGCCGGUCUGGCACCUUCAGGGAAGCUCGUCGUGCUGGCACCGCUUGGCCAAGUCGAGUUUGAUACGGCCUCGAUGGUUAUGAACGGCACCAGCGUCCAUGGCUGGAAUUCAGGACACCAGCAGGAUUGCGAGGAUGCGAUUGCUUUUGCGCACACGCACGGGGUCAAGUGUAUCGUUGAGAGAUUCCCGUUUCUGACGGGAUAUCAGGAUGCCUUUGAGAAGAUGGAAAGCGGCAAGGUGCGCUUCAGGUCUGUGAUGACUCUUUAG